AAAAAAAAUCUCAUCUUUUUUCCGAUCGUCAGUCACCCUAAAGAAUGGCCGAGCCUUCUGGGAACGAGCUGGCGUCCGCGGCUGCCAAGGGGGACCUAGUGCAACUUACUAAUUUGUUGCAAAAGAAUGUAAACGUCAAUGCACAAAAUGGAUUUGGGAGGACUGCGCUGCAGGUGAUGAAACUGGGGAACCCCGAAAUUGCCAGGAGGUUGCUCAUGAACGGUGCAAACCCCAAUCUGAAAGACAGUACUGGCUUCGCUGUCAUUCAUGAUGUAGCCAGAGAGGGUUUUCUGGACACUUUGCAGACUCUGCUGGAGUUUAAAGCUGAUGUUAACAUUGAGGAUGAGGAGGGCAACCUGCCCUUGCACUUGGCGGCCCGGGAGGGGCACGUGCGGGUGGUGGAGCUCCUGCUGGAGCGCGCGGAGUGCAAGGUGGGCCACCAGAACAAGCGGGGGGCCACCGCCUACGACCUGGCCAAGCUCUACAAGAGGUCCGCCGUGGUGAAGCUCUUGGAGGACAGCAGCUUCUUCUCUGCAGACAUGGAUUAAACCCGGCUCGGAGGCGCUCUCCUUUGGACAUGAAGGCUUUCAGCCGCUUCUUCUUCCCCCCUCCUUUUUAAUAACAUUUGUUGCAACCUUACUUCUAUGCUUUUUUUUCUUUUUUCAUUUUUUUUUGAACAAGCGAUAGUGUAAGUCUCAAGAAAUUCUAGAGGUGGGUUUUUAGAUAAUGGAAAUGUUUUAAAUCCACGCUCCCAGCAAUUUCUUACACCUGCCAUUUACUAAGUACUCACAGACUCAGCCGUGCAUAUGUCGGUUGCUCAUACCUAGUUUUCCAGUAUCAAGUUUUACAAUUUAUUUUAGGUCAUUCGUAUUAAAACAUUAAUACAAGAGCUACGUAUUCACAUGCUUAGUGUUGCUGGACUUUUCUGAAAAAGAAAUAGCAUACUGUGAUUUCUCCCACCUCUCAACGCACCCCCCUCCUCUUUCCUCCCCCCCCCCCGCCUCGGUCAGGCUUAAGAGUUUGAAGUCCUGUUUUGGAUUAAAACAGCCUUUUAAGGGGUAACCUGCAACCCCCUGCUCAGGCAGAGCUUGACGUCGAAGGCUGCUUGGCCUGAGGACAGAGGAUGGCGCUUAGAGGCUUUGGGAAAUAGCUGCACUUUGACACUAACAAGAGCUUGUAGAAGUAGGUCACUUACUUUCUAAAUGUAGAUGACACUUUUCCUCUUUGUGUAUUUAAACUUUCACCAAGCUGGUUUUGAAUUUAGUUACCAGAAAGAGUAUAAGUGGUGUUUUUUUGAUUGCCAGAGGUUUGAAACAGCUCAGUUCAGUAGUUCGUGUUUACUGUGCACUGAACAAGACGUUUUUUCUAGUUUCAAAACAAGCAGCAGAGCAGCAUUGUCAGAGGCAAGAGGACUCGAAGGAUGCAAGACAAGUUUUCUGGUCGCUUCAUGAGCUGAGCGCAGUUUAGAUGCUCUUUAAGAAAUAUUUGCUUUCCACCAACUAUACUGUUUUGCCUGGAAAUAAACUAUUUUAAUGAUAGAUGCAUCUCACAAAACAGGACUAUUUGAAUAUGGUGACAUUUAGGAAGCAGCACGUUUGAUAUUCGGGAAGUUCUGUCAUUGCUUGCACCUAAAACACAAUUUAACCAUUGAAUUUUUUCCAUUGCGAUACAGCUGAGAGUAUUCAUCAGACUCAAAUGCAUUUGCCUCUCCAGCUACAACAGGAGCUAACGACGCUCAGCACCGUAUUGGGAAGAGUUUUGUAGGAAACUUUUAACGUUUGUAGUUAAAUGUUAUUGGACAGAUGGGCAGUUUAAAGUGCUUUAUUUUGAAUAGUCUAAAUAUUAAUUGCGCGAAAUAGAAGGUUUUAAACUAAUGCAAAAUGAAUAGUACUUAAAAUAGGACUUAAAAGAGGAGGGGGUGUACAUCAGUUUAGAUUUUAACUCUUCAAAAAAAAAAAGGUUUUAGCCCUACAAAAUCAGUUACUACCGUUUAUCAAGUAAAAAGUAAUUCGCUGAAACUGUCUGUCACGUUUACGAGACGCUCUGUCACACUGCUGUGUUUUCUGAUUAAAAACCUCUGUGAAAUGCGAA